UUAUGUUUUGACAAUCAGUGACGAUGUGUGAAUGAGGAGAGGGAUAAUGUCAAUGUCAUCAGAAGCAAGUCUCUCCAUACAGAUACAUAGAAAUGAAUUUACAAGAUAGAAAAGACAGGAAUUAGAACGAAGCGUAUGACGCCGACGCAAGCAAGAACAUCCUAAUUAACUCCUAAAUAUUAGCACUAAUAUAUUCAAGAAACAUUCAUCUCAUUUGACUAAAUUAAAGAUAUUAAAAACGAGUGCUUUCUAAGUGACGUCAAAAGAAGAUAACAACCAUAGUAACAUAUUAAAGUUUCAUAUGUGAGAGUUCGAUUCAUUCAAAAACCAGACGAGAGCAUAGUAAAUACAAAGUGAAGAACGAAUGGACAAGAACUGGAGUUAAUAAUUUCUCAUUGGGCUUUAAAAAGACGUUAAACAAAGUAUCAAAAUUAUGCGUUUUGCUACAAGAAACACACCUGCAGGAUAAGAGUUCAAAGGAAAGACGCUACACGCAAUUGUGCUUGACAAUAAUUUGACAGCUUGUUUCAUGUAUAUUUCAUCCAUUUUUUGAGUAAACAAAGAAAAAUUACAGACAAAGAUCAUAAAGAAAAAAGGCAAAGAAGCUUUUCAAGAGUGAAGAAACAUGGAGCUAUGUCGUUUACCUAAGAUCAAGGUUAAUACUACACUAUGGGAAAAUACAAACUUGGAAGAUUUAGAAAGCAGAAUAACAUACCACGAAAUAGUACCAGCCUGUAAACGACAUACUGUGUACAAAAUUUACGUUCACAGCGGCACACAAGGAUGGCUUGUGGUUAGACGGUACAGCGAAUUCUAUAAAUUAAGGAAUGAUUUGAAGAAAUUAUUUCCUUUAAAAGAGUUCAUUUUCCCACCUAAACGAUAUUUUGGUGACAACUUUGAGCCGCGUUUUCUCAACAACAGAAAGCAUGGAUUGCAAGGUUUUCUCUACAUGAUAACACGACAACAUGAAGUACUCCAGAGUUUGCCUGUUGCUGAUUUUUUAUGUCUAAACAAUCCUCGCACAGCGUUAGACAACGUUCAACAAUGCAAAGUUGUCAUAACACAGCUGGAGAGCGAACUAUUUAAACUAAAAACGGAUAAAGAUGAGCACACUCAGUCCAUUUCAUCGUCAAACGAUCUCAUCACUGAUUUACAGAACCAGAAACAAGCCCUUCUAGCAGCACUACGAUACGAGAGACAACAAAACGGUAAAAAGCACUAUCCGGGAGACGAUCUCUCGUUAAUGUUCGAAUACCGAUCGUUACCGAAAGUUUCUCGAGUUGAUGUAAGCGGCUUUUUUGUAAGGAAACUCGUUGGUGGACUCACACGUAACAAUAACGAUAAAACACGCAAGGAAAUUGGCUGCAAUAAAAACAAGCGUAUACCACGUGAUGACUAUCUUUCAUCCAAUAGGAGUAGGGCAAACACUCCUCCCCUUACUGAUCGAACAAGAAAUGAUGCCAGAGAUACAGAUUAUAUAAAGAAGGUACCGCCGUACAUCGACAUAAAAUCUCCCAAAACGACAGAACGACAACAAUUGCUAAGCAGUGAAGAUGUGAUGUUACCUCAAAAUGAAGAGUUUAAAAGUUUCUACGAAAUGAAUCGACGAAGAAAAAGUAUGCCUGGAGCAAUUGAACUACACAAAGUAAACAACAACCUGUCAAAGAAUGGCAACCAUUGCAAGAUUCAAGAUACACGAUCGACAAAGUUGUUUGUUCCAGAUAAUGAAGGUCGUCCAAGAUCUUUGAGCAGUACCCCAGGAACAAAUGAAGACAUUUUAGAGUUGGGUUUAAGACAAGCGACAUUUCUACGAGUUGCCAAUCAGAUUAAUGCGGAAAAUUCAAAAGGAAACCAAGUAUGGUCAAGCCUGAAGGAUUUACGAAAGAUGAAAACUAAACUUUAACUCAAGUCAGUUGUGGUUUAAGUCGAUCAAGGAUUAAUAAAUAAGAAUACAGGUCAAUCUACAAAUGCUAAAAAGAAGUUCACUUACUUGGAAGUCCAUUGGUCGCUUCAUACAAACGACACUUGAGAAUAACGACAGUAAGACGUCCAGCCGUUGGCAUGUAGCAGAUAGAAACUAAUAUUUCACCAACACCAACAUCGUCAAAAUUAUCCUAAAUAAGAAGAAGAUAAAAUAAAAUAAGCUUCAUUUAAAUAUUUUAAAGAAUGAAUCGAGUCAUGCUUUUCACGCUUGGUGAUGGGUCAUUCUAUAAUGGUGGCUUUCACACAUUAAGAGGAUGAAACAGCGAGUAGACUCAUCAUAAAGCCUGAUAAUCGAAGCAAAAGGGAAACAUUCGACCUUGAAAACAAUGAUAAAAUUAUUUUACGAAAUGUAUAAAGCGAAAUAUAAGCUCGAGACGAGACUUUAAAUUGUCAGUUGUCAGUCUCUCACUUGAGAGUUUCCUUUAUAAAAGCACGAACUGCACAGGCGUAAAGCAUGAUACAUCUGUCAAAUUACCUGAGGUAGUUCACGACUUAAAUCCGCGUCAAUGCGCAUUAUAUCCAUGUAAUUAUUGUUUUCAGUAUCAAAUGAAUAAAGCAAAUGGCCAACAGGUAAUCUUUGAGAAAAA